AAGAAUUGUAAUUCUCUUUAAAAGUGUGUUACAUAAAACGAGCAGAAUUAAUCGACAUUUCUUAUAAAUCACCACUUUUUGGAUUAAAACGUCUAAAUGGUUUUGUGCUCUGGAAUACUGCAGUCAAAAGUCCGCCAAUGUUUGCAUGAUUUCGUUUGACUGUCAUCUAAACUGGACAAAAACAAUUCAGAACUCUCAGAUUCGAUGUUACGUGUAUUGUUGCGAAUUCUUGAUAUGAAUUAAAAUGAUGCUGUCGCUGUGACAUUACGAUCGUAAAUAUCGAUGGUUGAGCCUCUGAACUUUCGAAAGACGUGUUGUUUGUUAAAAUUUUAAAAAGGCUUUAAUGGUAAAAUCAUGCGGUAAAUGUAAACAAACACGCUUCGGAACCGACGAUGGUCUCGAGCAGGUUAAUGGAUUAAACGGCCCUGCUGACGGGAGAUGGAGUAACAUUCAUCUGAACGAUCAAACCGGAGAACUCACCUUCAGUAACAUCCAAAGCGAUCAGACUGGAGAUUAUAAAAUGGAGUUCAACACCAGCAGUAUGAUUUUACACAGGAAAUUCCGUAUUGAUAUUAGUGAUGCUGUGAAGACUGUAUCAGUGAUGGAGGGAGAAAGUGUCACUUUACCCACUGGUGUUAUUGAAAUACAGGGAUAUGAUCUGGUAUUGUGGAAAUUUAAAGAUAAUUCCGUGGCUGAAAUAAAUAAAGGGACCAAUCAGUUCUUAGUAUAUGAUAGCGAUGAUGUGAGAUUCAAAGGGAGACUGCAGCUAAAUGAAAAAUCUGGAUCUCUUAUCAUCAGUAACUCCAAAACCACAGACUCUGGAGAUUAUCAUCUAAACAUGAGCAGCAGCUCACACUUCUUACAGAGGACCAUCGGUGUUACUGUCAAUGAAUCAGGUCUGUCUCCAGGUGCUGUAGCAGGGAUUGUUAUUGUUGUUGCUGUUCUGCUGGUGGCUGCAGUUGUAGCUGUUUACCAUUGCCGCAAGUAUUAAAUAUAUUCAAUAUUAAACACAAUCAUGAAGAAACACAGUUAAUACAGAAAUGUUAAAGAAAUCAAUGAUCUUGAUCUUUUGUCCUUUAGACUGAAGAACAAACAGUGUGCCAUUCUGAACAUACCCUAGAUAGAGAAGUCAUGCGGUACUCACAGCUAAGCUAAAAAUAAAUAUAUAAUAGAAAUAUAUAAUAAUAAGAAAUAAUUAUUAUUAAAAACAAAGAUAAAAAGUAAAAUAAGGUAUAAUUAUUAAUAUAGCCUGAAAUCUGCAGGAUCAUACAGGAUCAACAUAUCUGCACACUGCACAAUUUAAGAGCAGUACUGUAUAAGGAGACGAUUUAUAGUUUGAAAAUGUGACUGGCUGAUUUAGUAAGAUAAUACUGAUUAAUUGAUCAUAUUAAUAUUUAUUAAUAUCACCAUCUAGUAAGCUCUAAUCUGAUUGGCUGACUUCAUGCACCUUCUAAAAGUACGAGUACACGGGUAUUUUUUAUCAGUCUGUCUGUUUACAAGGUACAAGGUUGAUAUUUGUUAAUUUAUUAAACACUAUUAAUACAGUAUAUGUUAGAAACAGUUUUUGUUUCUCUUUUUAAUUGCUUUAUUCUGAUUCUUUCUGUGUUUUCUCACAGGUAAUUUAUGAAGUAAGUGGGCAAAAUGAACCUUUAGACAAAAAACAGGAGGAUCUUGUUAAUGAAGAGCAAAGCUGAAGUUCAGACUAGUCGCUCUAACAAUAUAAACAUUACCAGUGUUUGAAGUUAAUGCAUGUGUGCCUUUGAGAUGUUAAACUACUGAGUGAAGAUUUUCAUUUGAUUUGGCGCUGAAUAGAAAACAUUAUCUCAUUUAUUAUUAAGUUUAUGUAUUAUUUGCUGUGCGCACUGAUACUGAUGAUACUCUUUUUGUUUAGCAUGUUACACUGUCCAAAUGGCUUAAUUAUUGUUACACUUUUACAUAAUUUUGCAGAAAUAAUUUCAAUCUGAAAUGCAUAUUAUGGUUUUUAUUGUUUGAUGCUGUCUUAAACUGUUACACUGCAUGGGCAUUUUUUUGUGUUUUAUUGAAUUAUUUAUGCUUAAAUAUACAUAUAUAUUUUUAAUACCUUCUAAGAAUACAGAAUAUGUUCUUGGUGAAUAUGUUUUUAGUGAAUUUGUUCAAUUUGUGAAUUUGUUGAUCAGAUGUGAAUGUGACAAUUCAAAUGUGAUGCGAAUUCAGAGUGACUCUGUUUUCAUGAGGACUGCAGUGUUAAAUGCUCUUAGCAUCGCUCUGAUAUAGAUACUUAAGAAUAUUAUAGAUACUGGACUUACAGAUAAUAUUUCUGUCUGAACAUUUCAUUCGUUCAUUGAGCUUUUGCUUUUUUAUAAACUGCUGUUAUAAGUUUUUUUUUUUUCUGUUCACACUGUGGGGUGAGUUAUGAAAAUAAAAACUUGCUUUGCGAUAA